AUGAUCGGCCAAGUUGUCGCCUUCAGUCAAACUCCUAAUGACCCCAUCAAAUAUUUCGGUACACCGAAGAACAUGUUACUCGAGUUCCGUCUACUUUCCCAAAGGUGUUCAGUCAUUCGAAAUAUCACCGUUUUCACUGCCGAGGAGUUAGAUUCAGCUGCUGUAGAACCCAGCCAUAAGACUCGAUAUGUACUCACCGGUCCUUCAGGAUGUGGGAAAAGCUUUUUGCUGCUUCAAUCCGUGCAAUAUUGCUUGGCCAAGGGAUGGAUUGUGAUCUAUAUUCCUCGAGCCAAAGCGACGGUUAACUCAACGACCACACACACGUAUGAUCUUCGUACUCAAACCUACCUUCAACCAAAUUACGCACAGCAGACACUUCGGAGAAUACUAGAGGUCAAUUCCGCCAAUUUAGAAACGUUAACCUUGCGAGAAGGUCUAAAUUAUGACCGUCGAUCCUUCGGCAGUGGUACUACACUUGCACAGUUGGCAUCUGCAGGCUCGAAGGAUGCAGUAAUCUCAUCGGUGGUACUGGAAACACUACUCAAUGAACUGAGUAGACAAAGCAAGAUUCCCGUGCUGCUAGCUGUAGACGAUUUCCAAGCAAUCUACAAUCAAAAGACCGCCUAUCGUGAUCCCCACUUCUCUGCCAUCCGACCAUAUCAUCUUGCUAUCCCGCGUUUCAUUCUCGAAUUUGCUUCUGGGAAGCGGUCUUUCCCAAAAGGAGCUGUUCUCGGGGCAUUGACUGCUAUGGAUCCGGCAUUCCCUGUGACCAACGAGCUGAUGGAUGAGCUUGGUCUCCCGGGAUUGCAUCCCCGAAGUCCGUAUAGUAGACGAUCGAAAAUCCUCCAAGAAUACGCUCGGGGUUUGAUGAAUCUGCCUGUUCCAGAAGAAUUUAGUCCGCGUGAGGCUGCAUCGGUAUUUGAGACGUGGAUGCGCGAUAACGCGUUGACAGCGCCGGGCAACGACGAAUUAUUUUUGGCCAAGUACACAGAGUCUGCUGGUAAUCCCAAAGCGUUUGUUUGGCAAGGAAUUCUUGGUACGUUAGAGGGAGCGGCCCCUGUGGUGAAUCAGAAUACUCCCUGGCCACAGCUAAGGGAAGGUCGUAUUGCUGUUCAAUAG